UGUCCUUACUAACUGAUCUCCUCCGGGCGAGUACUAACUGAAUUUAUCUACUUUUGGUGGUGGCAGCCUCUAUUCUAAGCCCCAAGGGAACUACAGAAACUAACAUUAAGAGAGUAAGAGAGAGAGAGAGAGAGGAUAAGAUAGACCCAAUAAUCAAUCAUAGAUCGUCUGCACUAACCCGGAACGAGGGCCACUUCCGCAUCUCCUUCAUGAGGAAGGACCGAACCUGGCUGUGUCUGGGAUUUGCGUAACUCUGUUACAUGUUUUCCAGCGCCACCUCCCAGCCGCAGUCCCAGUCCCAGUCCCAGACGACUACCAAGAGCUGUAGCAAAACGCUAAACACCUGCGACUAUUGGCCACGUUGCGGGGCUUGUCAGGAGAAAGCCGCGCCCGCGGCCAUCAGGCGACAGUAUUCCCUGCCAGCGGUCUCGACCAUGGACCAGGAGCAGGAGCAGCCCCACGUCACCACCGUGGCGGUUAAUGACAAUGUGGCCAGCGUCCGCCAAUCGUCGUCCAUUCCGCAAUGGACUCUCCUGUGCAGCGGCGUGGCCCACUGCCGUCCGCAGGAGCUGGCAGAGAAUGAGCGCCGACAGCUGAUGGCUGUUGUGCGACCCCGGGUCGUGCCCUUGGCCCCCACAUCACUCGUCCUGCUGGGCGAGGGCGACCUCUACAAAAAGGCCUGUCCACAGGUCCUGGCUGAGGCGGAGGCGGAAGCGGAGACGGAGACGGAGCUGGGGCUAAGAAACCCCCCGGACACACAGGACACACAGGACAGGCAGGAAGAAUUCCCCAACGUGAAGGACAAGUGUCGCAACAUGGAGCGCAGUUACUCCCUUCCAAGCCUACGGAUUCGCAGAUACACGGAACCAGGAGCAAGCAUGCCGAAAACCGGAAAUCACGGAAUCAAAGUCGUAGGAACCAGGAGCAACAGGACCACCUUUGCCGGCGGACUGUCGCAGCAGAUGCGCGCCGUCUCGAGUCCCUCGCUCACAGAGCCCUAUUCAGAGUCGCGAAAGCCGCCGGAGGAGGGCAGGGCAGCGGCGGACGGGGCUGCCAAUGUGGCCACAAGCAGCAGCACCGGCAGCGGCAGCGGCAGCGGUGUGAGCGGUGUGGGCGGUGUGGGCCUAGGCGUCCUGCUUAAAUUUAAGCGCACGUUUAACAACUUCAACAACAAGAACCAACUGCACAUCACGCCCGUACCGGCAACGGCAACGACAGCAGCCGCCCCAAAGCCCAAGCUAUCGCCAACGACGCCGACCGUGUCGAUCACAACAGCGGCACCAGCGGCGGCGGGCGACGGCACUGGAGCGGACGGGGGCGAUGGCAGCUCCGGCAAGUACCGCUUCGGACCCCUCAUCUGGCGCACCUCGAAGGAGCGCCGCAAGACCAAGUUCAACCGACGCGACAAGUGCAACUCGGGCGACUCGGGCAUCCAGAUAGAGCUGGAGCAGGACGAGCAGUACUCCCGCGUGCUGGCGGUGAGUGCCCAGGGCGGGGGAGACGGAGGAGGAGAAGGAGGCGGCACGUCCGCUGGAACCGAAGGAGCUGGCAGCAAGCCGCGCACCAUACGGCGCACCAACUCGGCCAAGGCGAGCAGCAUCCUCGGCUCCUUCGCCCUGAGGUCCAAGCACCACAUGCACCUGGACAUCGGGGGCACUGAGAAUGUCGAGCGUGAGGCGCCCGAGUCACUGCCCACACGAUCGCUCAGCCAGCCCAACGGACUGGAAACCUACGGCAUGGGCCGCCCGGAGAUGGAGGACAGCGACAGCGACAGCGUGGCAUCCCACGAGGAAGCUGGCGGCUACCACUACCCGGCCAUCUACGCGGAGGUGCUGUACAAUUUCACGGCCGGAGGGCCGCAGGAGCUGGGCCUGGAGCGCGGCAUGCUGAUUGAAAUACUGCGCAAGGAAGUGGGACCCUGGUGGUUCGGCCGCAUCAAGAAGGAGGAGACCAGUCGCGUGGACGAGAUCCUCGACCCCGAGCUGGGCUGGUUCCCGAAGGAGUUCGUGCGCAUUAUUCAGUGCCCCGAGACGGAUGGCUUCUUCAACGCACACCGAGCGGCAGCCGCAACGGCCAGGGAGGACGGCGAUGCCGUGCCAGUGCCCGUGGCCGAAUUCGCCAAGGAGGCAGACGUCACCAUGACCACGGAUCAGAGCAACAUCACCACCAUAGUCAUUGAGUCCCCGCCAAUGCCCUCGAACGGGUAUCCCACCCUGAACGCGCUGGACAGCGACAACAACGUCCUGCGCCGAAGUGCUGUGCGCGAGCUGCUGGAGACGGAGGUCAACUACGUCAAGCUGCUGGCUGCCAUUUGCGACGGGUAUCUGCCGGCCAUGAGCAAGCGCAUCGACAUAUUCUCGCCGAACAGCAUCCGCCUGAUCUUCUCGAACAUAGCGGCCAUCUACAAGUUCCAGAAAAAGUUCCUCGAGGCGUUGCGCAGGGGAAUCGAGCAGAACCAAAUCGCGAAGGUGUUUCUGAAAAUGCACAAGGGAUUCCUGUGCUACUCCAACUACUGCAACGCCUAUCCCCGGGCCCUUAUCGAGCUGGAGUCCUACGAUCGUGUCAAGGAUGCACGCACCAUUCUGGAGAAUUGCCGCGAGUCGGAGAACCUGGCCGAGCUGCCACUCUCCGCCCACCUGCUGGCUCCCGUGCAACGCAUCUGCCGCUAUCCCCUGCACCUCAGCGAGAUUAUCAAGCCGGCGCGUGCUUCUGCUGCCAAGACGGGCAGCAAUGGCGAAAAAGCUGAGAAACCCUCGGCCCCUGACUACGAACAGCUCGACGUCAACGAGAUGGACAUACCCGACACGUACGAGACCGUAAACCUGGCGCUGGAGGCCAUGCGCGGCAUCACUGAGGCGGUCAAUGAGGGCAAACGCCACAGCGAGACCAUUGCGAGGCACCAGGCCAGCUUUCAGAACUUCAAGGGCCCGCCACUGCAUCUGCACAGCGCACGCUUCUUCCUGCAGGUGGACGCCACACGCCAGAAGCAGAAUCUGUGGAACAGCAGCUACACCCUGUUCCUGUUCGACAACCAGCUGGUCUAUUGCAAGCGCGACAUCAUCAAACGCAGCCACUUCAUUUACAAGGGGCGCAUAUUCCUCGACCGCUGUCGCGUGGUGAACGUACGGGAUGGCAAGAUGUUCGGGCACACGAUCAAGAACUCGCUGCGGAUCUACUGCGAGUCGCGGGACAAGUGGUACGACUUCAGCUUCCGCUCGGCGAACCGCAAGCACCGCUUCCUCAACACCCUCGCCCUCGAGCGGCAGUUCGGCGGCAAGGCCCUUUACGUAUCGGAGAUGACUGGCUUCGAGUACAACUACGAGGAGCGGCCGGGCGACUUUUCCGAUCAGUCGGACUACGAGCUGCCCGACUUUGAGCACGCCAUGUGCGGCGGCACAUCGGCCAGUGGGGAGAGCUCCGUUCCGGAAUCGCCGGCCAAGUCAGCCUCCCGGUUCUCCGAUACUUUGCCGAAAAAAUCGCAGUCCCGCGAUGGCUUCGCCAGCGUGGACAACUCCCAGAUGCUGUCGACGACAUCGACGGGUUCGCUGGGACGACGCCGCAUUGGCAACUGGUUCCGCAAGCCAAAGAGCACCAACUGCACGCCCAGCCAGUCGCCGACGCACAAGCCGGGCUUUGACGCCGAUGAGACUCUGACAGCGGCCCGUGUGGCAGCCAUCGAGCUGGCCGAGGCCGCCGCCUCGCUCUUGCCAACCGAUAGUUCAUCCGCCUAAGCACACAGAGAAUAUCAGAAUACAGAACACAGAAUAUUAUACAUACAUCCAGGCCUGUGCGAAGAAGGCGCAUACUAUUUGUUAUGUUACAUUAUUGUUAAUGUUAAAUUGCCUCUACCAAUUGAAAAAAGUAAACAAAACUAACGAGUGUUACAGUAUAUUUUAGAAUUUUUUUUUCCAUUUUUUUUUUUUUUUAAUCUUUUGUCGUUUGAGGAUUUCUAGACGGCAAAUCGAUAAACGUGGUAAUAAGUUAUGUAUUUAGAUUUUUAGAUUUACCAAAAACAAAACAAAACAAAAAUAAUGUAUACUUGUGGCAUUUGAAGGCAGCUUUCGAUAAAAGUGCCAGAUGCUGGUGUCGCCGACUGCUAGUCUAAAAACCCUAUUACCUAUUACCUACUACCUGUCCGUAUAAUCCUAAUUUAUGUGAUAAGGCGAUAAUAAAUUCCUGCAAAUUACACCAUUAUUGUAUGCUUUAAAGCCCUCUGUUUGUGUAUUCAAGUUCGCUUAGAGACCCCCCACCCCCCCCAGAAGACCCCACUCCGAGCUGAAUAGAAAACUACCCACAGAAAUACCCGAUACUAAGAUGCGUUUCGGAAACGUGCUCGCAACUAGAGAACAUUUUAACUGAAGGGAAGGUGUUUUUAAGAAUAUGGCAUCAAAAAUACAUACAUAUAUACGAACCUUGGCAUUUGUUAGUGUUUCCAGUAUUUCCACCUGCGAAAUUUGAGUAGAAAAAUCCA